UGCUCUGUGUUGAACAUAGCAGGAGACACCACAUGGUUGUACAUUUGUAAUUGUGAGCCUCUCCAGAGCUGAGCCGCUGUGUGUGGGGGUUCCAGAUGCCAUGGAGGAAUCUGCUCUGUCCUUUUGGAUGUACUUGGGGGUGAUGUCUGUUUUCUUUGGGGGGACUGUGAAGAGGAUCCUGGCCUCUGAAAGGAGCUCCGCUCCGACCCUGCUUGUGUAUUCCGCUCUGUUUCUCCUCAUGGAGAGGCUCUGCUCCUUCUGCCUACCAACUUGUGUGGGACUUGGUGUUUUCUGUGCCGCAUGCUGGCUCAUCAUGGGCACUGUUGCUGCAGCAAAGCCUCUGCCUGUGGAAGGCAAGGCAGUUUUCAUAACAGGGUGUGACAGCGGGUUCGGGAAGGCUGCAGUCUUGUUCUUGGACUCACUGGGGUUCCAGGUGUUUGCAAGUGUGCUCGACCUGGAGGGGGCCGGAGCCCAGGAGCUGCAGAAGACUUGUUCUGCAAGGCUGACAUUGAUCCAUAUGGAUAUAACAAAGCCUGAGCAAGUGCAGGAGGCGCUUCGUAUCACCAAGGCAAAGCUUGGGGUGAAAGGACUCUGGGGUCUAGUGAACAAUGCUGGGGUAUGUGUCAACUUCGGGGAUGCUGAGCUCUCCCUAAUGUCCAACUACAGAGGCUGCAUGGAAGUGAACUUCUUUGGUACAUUGGAGGUCACAAAGACCUUUCUACCACUGGUGCGCCAAUCACAAGGAAGGCUUGUUACAAUCUCCAGCCCAUCAGGGGAGCAGCCCUUUCCUUGUCUGGCGGCUUAUGGGGCUUCAAAAGCUGCAUUGAACCUCUUCGUCAACACUCUGAGGCAUGAACUCAAGCUGUGGGAUGUGAAAAUCUCCAUUAUACUUCCUUCGUCUUACAAAACAGGUCAGUCAAGAAAUGUCGAAUACUGGGAGGAGCAGUAUAAGCAUUUGAUUGAGAACCUGCCACUCAGCCUCAUGGAGGAGUACGGAGAGGAAUACCUGCUGGAGACCAAGAAGCUCUUCUUCCAGUUUGCAGAAACAGCCACUGAAGACUUGAGCCCUGUCACCAAUAGCAUUGCAGAGGCUCUGCUGUCCAGACAGCCCAAAGUCAGGUACUAUGCAGGCCAGGGGGUCGGACUAAUGUACUUCAUUCACUGCUACCUGCCUGUAUCCAUCAGCGAUCGCUUCCUCCAGAAACUCUUCAUGAAAAAGAGCGUUCUACCCAGAGCUUUGCAGAAGCGCAAUAACAACAACAAAAAAAAAUAAGAAUCAUUCAGCAAGACCAUAUACAUUUGUUUUUCAUUUUUGUGUUUUUUUUUUUUUAAUUUCUUUUGAAGGGAUCAUUAAAUUUAUGCCUACAGCUCUGUGUCGAAACCAAUUGAUGGAACAUGUGUUGUGAAAUAACAGGCGACAUUCGGAAGGCAAAAGAGUUGGCCAAGCGCAUUGGCAUUUAUGUGAAUGAAACCAAAAUAACCAGCUGUUGCUGUCCUUUUUUUUUCUUAAACAAGGGAUAGAAGUAUUUUAUGGGCGUUCUGCUGGAAGCAUCUGUACAAAGGACUUGCCAGCAGGUAUGACACGCACCAAGGCACAACGGAGCAUCUACUGCAUUGUCUUUCCACAACGAUGCACCUCAAGCACUUACCUCAGCUCUACUACUCACUGAAUGGUCUACAACCACAAGCGAUAUUCUUAGGAAUACAUGUGCAGUGAAAAACUUCAUUUACACUGGGUCUCACUUUUAUACAUGGUCAGGGGUGUAGUGCUAUAUUUAGAAGUGAGGGGUCGCUAUUAUCUACCCUCACCCCCCACCCCAACAGGUACCCUUUAUUUGUUUGAUGCGAGUGAGUCUUAUCUAUUAAAUAAAUGUUUAGCUUAUUUUAUCUUCUUGAUUUCUGAUAUAUGGAUCUAAAAAUAAGAACUGUUCCAAUUAUUAUCUAAAGUAAUUGUAAAACUUUGACACCUCAGCACAGCGUGAUACAGGUUCCCUUCACUUCUCUUAUUCUAGACCAGGCAAGCUAUCUUAAAAAAUGUUCAUUAUUUAUCUCUCAAGGGUUUCUUACAGCCAUUGUAUUCUUUGCUUAUUUGAAUGGGCUAUGCACAUGUAUAUCUGUCUCCAUAUAUUAAUAGGAGCAAAACAGUUCAAUAUUCUACAUGUGAAGUAUGGAAGCGGUGUGCUCCCUGCCCAAGAAUUGAGGGGUUGGCACUCCCCCGCGACCCCCCAGCACUACACCCCUGUACAUAGUGGGCAGUUAUCUGGAUUUUUUUUUUUUUUUUACUUAUUUAAAAGUUGUUGUUUUAUAU